AUGUCGAAACGAAGCGAACUCAAACAAGAAGCCCUUCCUGAACCUUUUGAUGGUUUCAAGAAGUUCCAUACGGAUAUGAUCGCUUAUCUGUUUGCUGAUCAUGGAGAAACAUACAACAAAAAUAUGAAGAAUAUUGAAGAGGGGACGGGCCUUAAGCGCGAACAAAUUAUCUACGUGUUAAUUGGCCUUAAUUGCAUCUACUUGAUUCUGGGAAGCUGGGCGGAAUUCGUUUGCAAUCUCAUCGGAUUCGCCUAUCCCGCUUACGUUUCGGUCAAGGCAAUUCGAACAACUGAUACUGCUGAUGACACUCAAUGGCUCACAUAUUGGGCGGUUUUCGCCACCUUUGCCCUCGUCGACUUUUUCGCGAUCGGCAUUAUGAGCGUUUUCCCAUUUUACUGGGUCGUUAAGGCGGCGUUCCUGAUGUACUUGUACUUGCCGCAAACUCAAGGUGCGAAAGUGAUGUACGUGAAGGUUGUCGAUCCAUUGGUGACAUUCAUCGACACUUUCAUCGAGCCGUCGUCGCAACAAACCAAGAUAAAUGAGAAAAAGUCGGAAUAA